AUGAUUGACUGUGAGAUCGGCACAAAGACAGCACAGCCGGAGACAAGUUCCAAAUUAAAUAUCAACAAAGCAGAUGUUCCUGGUGCUUUGUUGCCUUCCAUUCCCUCUACGUUAGAGGGAUCUCCCGAAGACCAAGUCGUCUUUGAGCUGGAGUCAAUUACCACGAGUGUUGAAGAAGUAAUGAAGGGAAGAGGGCUCCAUGGAGGAACGGAACAAGAUAAGGUGAUGGACCAGUCUCCAGGCCUCAUACUGGAGAAGUUCCUUACUUCUAGACAGAGAGCGACUGCUGAAAAGGAGCAGUGCCUGAUGAUGGCAAGCGACAAUCAAGCACAGGGUUUGGGCUACAUCACUGAAAAUGAGGUACAAGUUCUUGGAAGUGAUGAGAUCAAGGUUGAAGAGAACAGUUCGAAUCAACCACUGACUGCAUCCACUAGUCAAAAUAGACAGACUGCAAGCGUGCAGCCGCUGCAUCAUCGCGAUAUAAGGACUGUUCUGGUGAAAGAGGAAAGCAGCCUCAUAGUGAAUGAUGUUCCAGCCACAAAUGGCAGCAGACACAUCCGCUGGAAUGUAGAGGCACUUAGUGAAAAUACCGUCAUCCCAAUCCCGAUGAAGAGGAUAUGGGUGGCUUUGAAUUGUCAGAUCCUCAGCUUGAUUCAGAAGCAGAAGUAA